AUGGAGUGUGAGGAGGAGAGUUGGGGAGAUGAGAUUGCAGACUCAAGUGGAGAAGGAAUCUCAAAAGCCCUGUAUGUUUUUGGAAGCAGUUUGGACUAUGAUGGACUGCAGGAAGAAAGUAACAGACUUGUAUCUGUGUUUGUAAAAAUGGGGACUAGAUUAAUGGGUGGCAAGAACAGAGCAGGGAGACCAGCCCGCUCCCCUACCGACCCCGCCACCGCACCGCUGCCAGCCGCCACCCGCUCGUCCCGCGCUGCGCCGCCCCCUGGCGGGGAGCGCCCGGCACAGCGGAGACGGAGCGCGGGCGGGUGGGACCCCAGCGCCGUGCCCCAGCUGGCCGCUCCACCAUCACCGCCUCGAGUGCGUCUCCCUAGCGGCCGAGGCGGCCAGCGCCGGCUGCCCGACGGCCGCUGCCUGGAUGUGGCGGCGGAGGACACGGGACCCUUCUCCGAAGAGGACCCACACUGGCAAUAUUCUAGCAAGGGGAUGUUAAGUCGUGUACAGAAGAAUAAUUCAACUAUUCAUGGGAUCCAGAAAACUCUUCACUGUUUCUUCAAGAGUACAGAAGAUGAGAGUAUAAAGGCGCUUUAUCCUGCCAGAAGUGGAAAAUCGCCCUGUCACCACACUGUGCAGGGGACUUUAUCACGCCCUGUCCACCACCACCACCCAUUGCCGCCCAAGGCAGCACAUGGCAGGAAUGGUUUGGAAAAGACUUGGGUUCCGAGGUCAUCAGGUCGGGAUUCAAGCUCUAGAUCUUACUAACAGUGUAUUCUUGAGCACGUAUUUAGCCUCUCCGACUUGACUUCUCUAUAAAAAUGGGAGUAUAAAAAGUCUACAUCACAAAACUGUUGAAAGGAUUUCAAUUGCAUGAAUGUAUAAAUGUCUCUGCCAUAAUAUUUAACACCUCUAGGUGUUCAAAAGAUGAACUACUUUCUCUUUUAUAUCCUUUUCCUUUCUUAUGCAAAAAUAUAUUGUUGGAAUAGUU